AAGGGACCGCGGCCAGAGGGUCCGCUGAGUUUCCCCCAACACCGCGACCGGAGGCUUCAGCUCCCUGCCGAGCGGAGCUGUCCAGUGUGCCCGGGUCUCCACCGACCUCUCUGCCGCAUUACUGCUGGAAGAGGCGGAGGACGAGGUCGGGGGUGUUUGUGAGAGAAGCCAGCCUCUGGGACAGCGCCGGCUCAUGAGUAUUUACCCGGCCGUGCAUCCGUGGGCGUGAAGAAGGGACGGGGAGGACCGAGUGAUGUCUGCGCCGGGUUUCACCCACCUGAACAGCUCCGUCAGCUACGGCCAGAACCCGACGCCGAACGGCGGAGCGCCGCCCCGCUGCCAGAACGGUCCAGCACAGACGUACCAAUCCACCCAUCCACCUGCAGGCUGCUAUGGAGCCCCACCUCAACAACAGAACUACCCCACCAUCCCUGGCCACCCCGCUCCUGUUCCCAACAAAGCACCCACCACGAACAGUGCACACAGUGCUAACUACUAUUGGAGCAACCCCCAUCAGCAGCAGUACCAUCAGCAGCAGCCACACCACCACCACCAACAUCGGCAGCAGCAGCAUCACCUCUCUCAGCAUCAUGUAGCACCUUCCCCAUACAGUGCUUCUCCAAGCUCUGAUCCUCCUUCUCAACCAUAUGCCGCCCUGCCCUCUUCAGCACCCCCUCCAUCAAAUGCCCAUUACAACCAAAAGCCACCGCAGCAGCACCCACCGUAUGCCCCUUCGGGCUGCUACUAUGGGCCGCAGACGUACCACGCGCCUCCAGCACCUCUACCGCAGCAGCAGCAGCAGCCCAGUUUGGUGCCCGCCCCGGCUGUCGGCCCCGGUGCUCCCGUCUACCCGAUUGUUUCGUACCCGUCUGCGCCUGGAAGUAGCCAGUUUGGCACCCUGAGUUCCUUACAGAGCGCCUCUGCCCACGGAGUCAUGCCCACCCAGAUGGGGGCACCGCUACAUCAGUACAGCACCCCCCGGCCCGGCUCCACAGCUGCCGUCGAUCAGCCGGCGCCGGCAGUCAAUGGUCAAGGAAGCACAGGCCACCAACACUACGACCGAAGCCACCCGGCGUCUCUGAGCUACGACUCGUACGGCGGGGUCCUUCACGGCGGGGGUGGCGCAGACCGACCCCCCUCGGGGACCCCGUCCAACUCAGUCCAUUCCUCUCCGGGCCACCACCAAGGCAUGCAGUAUGGAUAUGUUGCUAAUAGCGAAGCUAGCGCCGCCUCUGCCGCCACCUCGGGCCCGGCCGUGGCCCCCUCGCCAUCCAGCUCUGAGGAUGAGGAGGAGGAUGAUGAUGAGGACGAGGAUGAGGAUGAGGAAGCAGGUGGUGACACUUCCUCAUCCAGUACUGGCAGUGCCUCCCCGGUGCCCAACAACUACGAUAACCUGGAAGGGGGCAGCUAUCCAGAUUCCCUGCCGCCCUCCGACCACAUGACCAACCAGGCGGAUCCCUACGGUAGCUAUGGUUACCCCGGCAUGCCGCCAGCCUACCACCAGGGACCGCCCUCACUCGUCAACUCGUCCCCCCCCCACGAGCCGUACGGCCAAUCCAGCUACCCGCCGUACUCGCAGCCAUUCCCUAACAUGUCCCAGCUGUCGGCGGCCCUGGGGGGGCUGAGCGGGGUGCCGGAGCUGGAGGUGGAGGCUCUGAGACCGGUCAACCUGCUGCAGGAGAAGAACCUGCUGCCCCCGAGGCCCCUCGAGGCCCCCGAACCCAACCUGAGCCCCGACCUCAAGAAGGUCAACUGCAGUCCUCAAUCCUUCAGGUGCACCCUGAGCAGCAUCCCUCAGACCCAGGCUCUGCUCAACAAGGCCCGGCUCCCGCUGGGCCUCCUCCUGCACCCCUUCAGAGACCUACAGCAGCUGCCGGUGAUCACGUCAAACACGAUCGUGCGCUGCCGCUCCUGUCGCACCUACAUCAACCCGUUUGUGACCUUCCUGGACCAGCGCAGGUGGAAGUGCAACCUCUGCUAUCGGGUCAACGAUGUUCCAGAUGAGUUCAUGUACAAUCCGGUCACCCGGUCCUACGGCGAGCCCCAUAAGAGACCCGAGGUGCAGAACGCCACCGUGGAGUUCAUCGCCUCCUCGGAUUACAUGUUGCGGCCUCCUCAGCCGGCGGCUUACCUGUUUGUUCUGGAUGUGUCUCACAAUGCUGUGGAAGCAGGUUACCUUAAGUACUUCAGUGAACUACUUAUAGAGAAUCUGGACAGGUUGCCGGGGGAUACACGGACCAGGGUGGGCUUCCUCACCUUUGACAACACCAUCCAUUUCUACAACCUGCAGGAGGGGCUGUCCCAGCCGCAGAUGCUGGUGGUGUCGGACAUAGACGACAUCUUCAUACCGUCCCACGACAGUCUGAUGGUGAACCUGAAGGAGAGCAAAGAACUGGUGAAGGACCUGCUGACGUCUCUGCCCGGCAUGUUCAGCCAGAGCAAAGAGACCCAGAGCGCGCUGGGCCCGGCGCUGCAGGCCGCCUUCAAGCUCAUGUCGCCCACGGGGGGGCGCGUCACCGUGUUCCAGACCCAGCUGCCGACGCUGGGAGCCGGCUCGCUGCAGUCGAGGGAAGACCCCAACCAGCGCUCCAGCACCAAGGGAGUUCAGCACCUCGGCCCCGCCACAGACUUCUAUAAGAAACUGGCCCUGGACUGCUCGGGGCAACAGAUCGCGGUGGAUCUUUUCCUGCUCAGCUCCCAGUACUCUGACCUCGCUUCGCUGUCAUGUAUCUCCAAGUAUUCGGCGGGCAGCAUCUUCUACUACCCCUCCUUCCAUCACACCCACAACCCGGCUCUGCUGGAGAAGUUCCAGAGAGACGUGGAGCGCUACCUCACCAGGAAGAUCGGCUUCGAGGCGGUGAUGAGAAUACGGUGCACCAAAGGUUUAUCCAUCCACACGUUCCACGGAAAUUUCUUCGUGCGCUCCACCGACCUGCUGUCGCUGGCCAACGUGAACCCGGACUCCGCCUUCGCCGUCCAGAUGUCCAUCGAUGACUCCCUGGCCGACUCGUCUCUGGCCUGCUUCCAGGCCGCUCUGCUGUACACCUCCAGUAAAGGGAAAAGGCGAAUCCGGGUGCACACUCUGUGUCUGCCGGUGGUCAACCAGCUGAGCGACGUGUACGCCGGAGCCGACGUGCAGGCCAUCACGUGCCUGCUCGCCGACAUGGCCAUCGACCGGUCGCUCACGUCCAGCCUGUCGGACGCUCGCGACGCUCUGACCAACGCGGCCGUGGAUCUGCUGAGCGCCUACAAGAGCAACGUGUCCAACCUGCAGCAGUCCGGCCUCGUCCUGCCGGCCUCCAUGCGCCUCUUCCCCGUGUACAUCCUCGCUCUGCUCAAACAGAAAGCCCUGCGGACGGGCACCAGCACGCGGCUGGACGAGCGCGUCUUCGCCAUGUGCGAGUUCAAGACGCAGCCGCUGCAGCAGCUGAUGCGGAUGGUUCACCCCGACCUGUACCGGCUGGACGACAUGUCCGACCAGGGGGCGCUCCUCCUGAACCGCACCUUGGUCCCGCAGCCCCGUCUGCUCCACCUGUCUGCCGAGAGGGUGAGGAGGGACGGAGCCUUCCUCAUGGACUGCGGCAACGUUUUCUAUCUGUGGAUUGGCAAAAGCUGCAGCGACGUGUUCAUCCGAGACGUGCUGGGCUGCUCCAGCUACGCUUCGAUUCCCGCCAACAUGAGACACAUUCCUGAGCUGGAGACGGUUUUAUCGGAGAGGGUGCGCGCGUUCCUCGACUGGCUGCAGGACAAGCGAUCCUUCGGCACCUCCGUGCACGUCCUGAAGGACGAGGCCCCGACUAAAGCCCCUUUCUUCCAGCGCCUGGUGGAGGACCGCUCCGAGGCGGCCUCCUCCUACCCGGACUUCCUGGAGCACCUCCAGCAGCAGAUGCCCUAGUCGGCUCCGAACACCGAGCCAGACACCCAUCGCUCCUUCAGACCGGUUUUUAAGGAGGCGGGGUUAUUCCCCCCCCCCCCUCCCCGUGCCUCCGAACAGACCGCCCCUCCCCAUAACCACCCCGUCCUCCGAGGUCACCGGCCAGUCAGGAUCGGACCCGUCGGAAAGGAGCGAAGCGAUAAGAAUAGAAAAGAAUAGAUAAGAAUGAAGAACGGGGAUUUGUUCCACUUCAAAAUGAAUACUUGAGAGCCUCUGAACCACUAACCCCCCCUCCGCCCCCCCCCCCCCCCCUGUUUAGCUUCUCGUCAAACGCUUUGCUCCUGAGAACAUGAUUAAGGGGGGAAGUCGAGCCGAGAAGACGCCGUCUCAUCAUUUCUUUUUAGUUGGAUUUGUUUUCGUGAGCCUCACAUGUAGCUAGUGCUGUCUUUUAUUUUUUUAAUUGUUUUAUUAUUUAUUCCCCUCCUCACUCCCUCGGUUUUACUUAAACUCUAUUUUGUAAACCCUGGAGAAAAGGAACAAGCAUUCCUGCUUUUUGUUUGUUUGUUUGUUUGUUUGUUUCCCGGCAUGAAGCGUUCGCUGCUAGACGAGAUGCUCCGACAGUGGUUGGAUGUUUAAGAAACAAACG